CACAUCUGUCAGCUUCCUCACUAUUGCACACCCAUAUUUUCUGCGUUUGGGCUGCACUGUUGUAGACCUGCCAAUAUGACGGAGCUUCUCGAUCUUUGCUAUGAUGUCCUGAUCCGGAUCCUUGAAGAGAUCAACCCGCCAGAUCUCGCGGCAUGCGCGCAGACGUCGUGGGGCUUCAACAACUUCAUCAAGAAAAACACUAGGCUGUACAAAGCGCAUUAUCUCAGAAACUUCGAUGACCCUCGCCGAAGGCCGGUAGAUCCGGAACCUGAUUGGGUGUCAGACUUGCAGAAGCUCGUCAAAUGCCAGAAGAUGCUUCUGUCAGCCAACAAUGAUGUGAAGCGAGAUGAGUUCAAGUUCAUCGCAUCGACGGUAGAAAGCCUUAUCUCGACGGGCUCCACGGAUCCCUUUGGGUACUCGCACAACCAGCAGUUAAUCACACAGCUAUUCCGGCACAUUUCGCAAAAUCACGAUGCGUUCAUGUGUCGCUCGUCGUUGUUUGGCCGGGUGGGAAAGCCUAAUCAAAGGCCGGCCGAGGACGUGGAAGACCGCCAGUUGAGCGCAAAGCUACAUUGCCUUUUCGGCAUUCCGUCGACAAAUGCCGGGAGAAGAGUUCUCUCAACACAUCCAUAUGCAAGGUCAAGAGUCUAUGAUCUGCGAAACUAUACCGACAAGAGUGCGUGGGGCCCAUUCCGGGAUGACGGGAGUAUGAGAGUGGAUUGGGAGAUGAUUGAAAGUAUCAUGAUUGUGCUAGGGUACAAUUCUGGAUUGUGCUGCCGACGGUUCCUCCACCGCUUCAGACCGCCUUGGUCUGAGACCCUGGAGGGAGUGAUUCCCGAGCGAGCAAAGAUCAUGCCUGACUACCCUCCCAAGCUGCUGAUGGAGCCCGACAUCCCGUUAUCGCUCAAGGAUCCCUACAACGUCUCGGGUGUCUGGUCGCGCAUCGUCUGCUUCUUAGACUACAAUGAUCUCUACAUUUUCAACUUCAGCACCGAGGCAAUGAAGGUUCCAUCCGACGCGCCGCGGGGAACUCUCAACACCGAGGAAGCCAUUCGCCACAUUAUGAUGGAUUUGCACAUCACAGAAGUCACGGCGCCAGGCCAGUUCGAUAACCCCGCGUUACCCAUAGUGCACUUCAGUGGCAAAUCAAAGUCUGUUGAUGCAGCAUGGGAUCCCAAUGCGAACUCGAAGCUUAGGGGCUCCGUCCGCCUCACGUCCGAAGGGCAAGUACGUUGGCAAACGAUCUCGGUCUUUCACGGCGGAGAGGAGCGAUGGCGCAGCGAAGGCGUUCAGGUUGGUGGAUUGCGAUCAGAGCGGGGCGUGGUCGGGACAUGGUUUGAUAAAGACUACGACCCGCAUGGACCUGCUGGUCCGACGGCCUUUUGGAAGAUAUGUGAUGGGCACAUGUGUGGCGAUGGAGACGACACUGAGUCUGAAGAAGAGGAUGGUGGCUGGUACCUAGGAGAUUAG